GAGGACAGGAGAGAGGGAUAAAUAGCAGAAGAGAGGAGAGAAGAAGGGACACAGGCGGCUGUAACCGGGGAUACCUGCAUACAUCCAGAUAACGCGGGAGUUCAAUCCCAAUUAGAUGACAGUCUAAUUAACGGUGCUGGUGACUGCGCAAAAACGCGCACUCAUUGGGGAUUUUCUCCACCCGCACGUCCAACUUUUCUUUUUCUCCGCUUCUCGGGCUGACCCGUUGCUCACUGGCUCGUACCGAGACUCUCUCUGCACAUUACUUGGACCUCGACUUGGAUCUCCUGUGUGCUGUGAACCGGAUCGGGUGUCUUAUCUGUGAUGGGGGCGGCAGCGGAGGUUGGAACCUUCGCUAACGGAUUUCUGGACAGCUUUGGCCACACGGGUGCCGCUCCGGCUGCCGUCGGCUCUCAUUUCGUUCUCACCCCAGCCGGGGCGGUGGACUAUAACUCGGCAACCGGACUGAUGAUGGGGGGACAGGGGCAGCAGCAGGAGCACCUGGUGUCCGCGGAGAGGCUGUCCCGGAGCCUGGCGGACCUCAGCCAUCUAAAGGGGAUUCUGAGGCGGCGGCAGCUGUACUGCAGGACCGGCUUCCACCUGGAGAUCCGUCCCGACGGCACUGUGCAGGGCACCAGGAAGGACCACAGCAGAUUCGGUAUUUUGGAGUUCAUCAGUCUGGCUGUGGGACUGGUUAGCAUCAGAGGGGUGGACAGUGGCCUCUACCUCGCCAUGAACAGCAAGGGAGAUCUGUACGGAUCGGAGAAGCUGUCUGCAGAAUGUGUUUUUAGGGAGCAAUUUGAAGAAAACUGGUACAACACCUACUCGUCCAACAUCUACCGGCAUGGAGAAAAAGGUGCAUUUUACUUUGUUGCUCUGAACAAAGACGGGACGUCCCGCGAUGGAACGAGAUCGAGGCGACAUCAGAGGUUCACUCACUUCCUACCGAGGCCCGUAGACCCGGAUAGAGUACCGGAGCUGUACAGGGACAUACUGGGUCAGAGCUGAGACUGAAGGGAGGUUACCUUGACCUUGUCAGAGCCUUUCUGUGCUGAAAAGCAACCCAACACACCUAGACCUAGCCCCUUCUUGAGGGAGACGGAAAAUCUUGUUGGUCUGGACAAAACAGGAUCAUAAAAAGUGCACCAAAUCAACACUGGCAUGGAGGAAGUAAAGAGACCCUCUCAGAAGCAGACUAGCCGGGGAGUUUGAUUGAACAGCAUCAGGGAUCUUCUGUGGAAGAUGUGAAGGCCCCGUGACAGACACAGAGGGUAGCUGGGCCCCUAAUAUUGCCCUUUUAUUGGCCUAUGCAGAGGCCCUGGUGGCCAAACAGAUAAAUAAUGGAUUUGAGUUUCCACUAAUUAAAUACGACUACCUGCUAGUCCAAACUGCAUGUGCAAGAGGACAAAAGUGUGGGAACUAAUAGGUGAGAUUAACAUCUGGCUGCUACUAGCUUUUCACUGCUGUGGCUGGUGAGUCUUGUCAAUUCCAAUGUUUUCAGUAGGCCUUUUUAAUUUUAUUUGAAACACUACUGUGGCUGCUAAGUAAAUGAUUUAUUAGAAUGCAAAAUCCACUAUACAGUGUGGCUGGUUUACACAAAAAAAGGUAGUUUUAUGCACUGGAAAGCAGCCAUGUCUGUCCUGGGAAACGGGUCUGAGAGCUUGGGGCAUUACCUGUAUCAGACUGAUGGCAUGGAUGGAAACUGCUCCAAAGACACAUGCUGCUCAGAAAAUAUGACUUUUCUACAAAGUGCAUGAGGAACAAGAGAAGAAGUACAGAUCCAAUGGAGAUUUAUGAGGACAUCUUACUGCUUGUUCUGUUGGAACUAAAGACUUGUUCUAGAAACCAGUGAAGGAAUUGUGUUGUUCUCCCACUGACUGCAGUCAAACAACGAGCACGGGACUGACAGAGACACCUUUACAAACCUUUUUCAGAUUUUAUUCUUAUUUAUGAGUUUUUGUUUCCUAGGACAUACAGUAUAUUUAUUUCAUAUAUUUAUUUAUUU